CUAGAUGGAAGCACUCGUCAAAGAAAUGCAAGAUACGGAGUCAGGGGGCGUGCCAGUAAGAAGCCAAAAAAUUUUUUUAACAUCUAUUCCUGCUGCUUUUAUGGGUUAUGACCUAAUUGAAUGGCUGAUCAUGCGUCUUGAGAUUGAGGAGUCUGAGGCGCUGAACAUAGCCAACCAAUUAUGCCAAUAUGGUUAUUUUUUUCCUAUAAGUGAUUCGAAAAACCUUGUAGUAAAAGAUGAUAGUUCGCUCUAUAGAUUUCAAUCUCCUUAUUAUUGGCCUUGGCGAAACAAACCCCCUGACAACGUUGAUUAUGCAAUUUACCUAACGAAACGAUCACUGAGGAAUAAACAGCGACACGGUCUGGAAGAAUACGAGCUGGAAGCGUUUACGAAUCUAAAGCGCAACUUAUCUAACAAGUGGGACAUCAUUACAGCACAAGCGGAAGAACAGGUUAAAAAUCAGAAGUCGAUGAAGAAGCCAGACAAGUUGAUAAGUGAUUCGCAAGAAAAGGCUUAUUGGAGAGUGCAUCGUCCCCCACCAGGGAUUUUAGGAUCCCUCGAACAAGUACCGGUGCCCACUCGGUGUUGGAAUGGAGUUAAACCUAGGAAAAAGACCAUUGAGGAUUGUAAGAGAGAGGUUGAACUACUUAAGACCAGUUUAUACAGGACAAGAAUAAAAGUGUCGCAAGCCUUGGAAGGACUUUUACAGCACGUAGAUACUUAUACAGAAUUUGAUCCUCUCUUAGUACCACCGCAGCCAUCGAACCCGUGGGUGAACGAAGAUAUAACAUUUUGGCAGUUAAAUGCUCCUUUAGUUGACAUUCCAACGGAAAAACGAGUGAGAAAAUGGGGUUUAUCAAUGGAAGAUUUACUCGGAGAUCCUACAGGAGUGCAAGAGUUUACGAAUUAUUUGCAAAAAGAAAAAAGCGAAGAAAACAUUUUAUUUUGGUUAGCUGUCAACGAUUUGAGGCGCUCGUCACAGUCUCAAGUAUUAUGGAAAAUCCAGGAGAUAUACGAAAACUAUGUGAAACACGGAGCUUCUAAUGAAGUCAACAUCGAUAACCAGACAAUGGAUAAAGUGCUAGAAGGAAUAAAAAAUAAUAGUCGUUUUUGCUUCGAUGCCGCUCAGGAACACGUCUAUAACCUACUGCUUAAGAAAGAUUGCUACCCUAGAUUUAUUAGAUCUGAUUAUUAUAAAAAUUUAUUGUCCAACGGCAUACAACCUUUGCAAAAGAAAAGAUUCUUUGGUUUUGGACCGACCAAGAAAAAAGCAUCGACUACAUCGCAACCGAAUCAAUCCCAAGGUUCUCAAUCUUCUACUACCGUUGUCCCUUGUGGAGGAGCUUUAAGUAAACGACGUGGGAGUGACCGAAGCUUAUCGGGUUCCGCACAUGAAAUAUCCCAUUUCGGUGUGAGCAGUGGUACCCAUACAACAAUCAUCAAAGAACCUAAAGUACCGCAUUCGCAUUCCCAGAGUAAUUUAAGUGAUAUUCCGUACAGAGUUAAAAAACCAAGUAUAGCCCCUGGAGCGUCGACUUCCGAAGAAGUGUGCCCCUGGGAGACGCCUUCAACGCCACCGCGGACACCGACGAGAAAUCGAAAAAACUCCACCCAUUUGGAUUCGGAAGAUUCUUCUUCUGAUAUAAGCACAGGAGUAACUGAAAUGAGUGAGAAGGUACAACGCUGCUUACUAACUCAACAACACACCUUGGACUGUGGCAAGAAACUCCACGUGGACACGUACGAAACGCCGCGACGGGCCUCAGUUUCCGUGCCAAUCACCCACAACAAUUCCAGUAUAGAAAGCGCCCGGCGCAAAGUGUCUUCGUUCGAGGAUAACAGCACUACCGCUUCAGCGAUUCACGCCGCGUCAUCCGUUUUUGUAAUUCCUAGUGAAAAAGACAAUAAGCUUAAUAAAAAACCCGUCGACUACGCUCUCAGUAUUAGCACAACUAGCGCGACGAUGAAGGCUUCGCAAAAGAGCCACGGCUUCGCGAAAACUUGCUCAAUGUCGAGUGGCGCUCCCAUCAUAAGUGUCAGCUCUGCGACAGAUGACGUUGUCGUCGUCGAUUGUCCGUUCAAUCCAGAAUUGGCUCCCGAAGAAGAUGUUGAUGGGGCACAUGGAGAAAAUCCCACUUUGGAGGUAACUACCUAUGAAGUUCAAGUUCCGAGCCAUCCUGAAACGACGCCGCCAUCUAUAAGUAUUACCAUGCAAGAGCCGAAAGCACCCUUAGCGGAACCCGACAUCGAAUCACCGGCUACCGAGUUGCCUCCUUCGGAAAUGCCAGUCACAAAUGAAGAUGUUGCUUUAGCUGAAUGUGUAACUGACUGCGAAAAUGAUGAGGCGACAACGGUGAAGCCUUCUGAGGGAGAGGAUGACGAGGCGAGGAACACCGAUGUCUGUCCUUGGGAAGAUGAAGAAAAUUGUAAAGUGAACACACCAUUCGUUAAAAAAUACGCAACCCUUGGAUAUCUUUAA